UCUGCGCGAGGCUCUGGCGGAGGGGUCGCCGGCCUGGAGGAACCUGUGUUGGGUGUCCUGCUGCGGGGGGGAAAAGGUGUCCGAGUCCGGUCCUUGUCGUCUGCGUUGCUGCCCCGAGACGGCGCGAGUUCGCGGGCAGUGACCCUGACGUCCGGUCCGAAUUCUCGGCUGCCCCCGAGAGGUGGGGUGAAGCUUCCUGCCUUUCACCUUUGUUCUGGUGCUGGCUGCAAGAUGAACUGUCGAUCAGAAGUGCUGGAAGUGUCAGUGGAGGGGCGGCAGGUGGAGGAGGCCAUGCUGGCCGUGCUACACACAGUGCUCCUGCACCGCAGCACGGGCAAGUUUCACUACAAGAAGGAGGGCACUUACUCCAUCGGCACCGUGGGCAUCCAGGAUGUUGACUGUGACUUCAUUGACUUCACGUAUGUGCGUGUCUCCUCUGAGGAGCUGGACCGGGCCUUGCGCAAGGUUGUUGGGGAAUUCAAGGAUGCACUGCGAAAUUCAGGUGGUGAUGGGCUAGGCCAGAUGUCCUUGGAGUUCUAUCAGAAGAAAAAGUCCCGCUGGCCUUUUUCGGAUGAGUGUAUCCCUUGGGAGGUAUGGACGGUCAAGGUGCAUGUGGUAGCCCUGGCCACGGAGCAGGAGCGGCAGAUCUGCCGAGAGAAGGUGGGUGAGAAGCUCUGUGAGAAGAUCAUCAACAUUGUGGAGGUGAUGAGCAGGCACGAGUACCUGCCCAAGAUGCCCACGCAGUCAGAAGUGGACAACGUGUUUGACACAGGCCUGCGCGAUGUGCAGCCCUACCUCUACAAGAUCUCCUUUCAGAUCACUGAUGCCUUGGGCACCUCCGUCACCACCACUAUGCGCAGGCUCAUCAAAGACACCCUUGCUCUGUAGGCCUUGCUGGGACCUUGGCAGCUCCUUGAUGGCUCUGGGAGUCUGAUGCUGAGGUCUCGGAGCUCUGGAACCUGCUCUAGAUUCUUGGUGAGACUUGAAGAGAAGUUUCAGGUUUUGUGGUUAUCAGCCUCUGGUGACCCUGUCACCUUUGCAGUGGUUCUGUUCUGGAUGCAACCUUUCCACACCUCUCCUGGUGGGGUCUCUUUCUACACUGUACAGAACUACCAUGAGGAUUGCAAAUAAAGUUAAGAUGU